AUGUCAAUAUCAAAAAAGCAUACCAUAGGACCAGACUACUUCCUGCUGCAAAAUGAUGAGCGCCUCAUGCGGACCCACGAGGCUAUGGUGGAUAUGAUCAAUGAUAGACCGGCAAAUCGCAACAUCUUAGAUGCCUUAAGUUUUGGUUAUAAAUACGUUCCAGAACUGGACCACUUUGCAGCUCAGUUUCCUGGAUAUGAAGAUUCAUCUGAUGAGGAUUAUUAUUAUUAUGAUGACGAUAAAUACAGUAGUCAUACAAAUAACAGAUACUGUGGCUUUUCACGCAACUUCCUAGACAGAGGUCUACCAAAACCAAUAACAGCUGAGGAAGCGGAAAGAAAUGCAAAAGAGCUAGUGGAUGAGGAAGAAAAAAUUAAGAAAAAAGCAGAGAAGAAAAAAAUGAAAAAAAUGAGACAAAAAGAGAGACGUCGCCUGGAAAAAUUAGAGAAAGAAAAUGCAAAUAAAGAAAAAAAUAAACCGGUACAAGUUGACCCUGGACCAGAAAAGACCAAACAUGCAGAUAAAGAUAAUGAAAAUAAAGAUAAAAAAUGUAAAAAUAAAGGUUGUUCAUCUGUGCCUCCUGACCCUCAGCCCAUUUCAGCCCCCGUGUCGAGCAGUGAUAGCAGUAGUGAUGAGGAAGACGAUAAAAAGGAAGAUUCUGCAAUAGAACCAGAGGAGCUCGACAUGAAUAGCUGCUUUGUGUCAAACGCAGCUGCUAUUGCCAAACGCAAACUGGAACAGAAACCUAAACCUGACAAGAAGCCUGCUCAAGCAAACCCAAAAAAACAACACGAAUCCCAGCAGAAAGCCACUGUGAUGCCUCAAAAGCAGGUUGCUAAAGAAGAGGUGAAUGGAGAGGAGUCUGUCAAUGCAAAUGAUUUUAUUACAAGAAGUGUGGAGCUGGCAGUUAUAGGUAAUGAGUACGCCGGCUCAGGAAACAUGGAGAUGGCUGUGAAAUAUUUUACCGAUGCUAUAAAGCACAACCCUAAAGAGUAUAAGUUAUUUGGAAAUCGUUCUUACUGCUAUGAAAAGAUGCUUCAGUAUGAGAAAUCUUUAACCGAUGCUGAAAUUGCUCUUUCUAUGAACCCUAAAUGGAUUAAAGGGCUUUACAGAAAAGGCAGAGCAUUGGUUGGACUAAAGAGAUAUAAUGAAGCCAGACUUACAUUUGGUGAAGUUUUAAAACUGGACAGCUCUUGUAAAGAUGCGGCUGAGGAGAUUAUGAGAGUGCAGCUCAUGCAACUUAUGGAAAUGGGAUUCACCAAAGAACAGAGUUCAAAUGCGCUUAUAAUCCAUGGAACUGUAGAAAGAGCCCUAGAAAGUCUGUCUGGACUAUCAGGUUUAGCCCCUGUCCUUGUGCCCAAAGAAAACGAGUUUAAAUCAGUACAGUACAAACACCCUCAACCUCCAGCUAAAUUCCCUCUCAUGCCUCUUCCUCAAAACCAGCCUCGACCCAGCAUGCCAACCGCUGCUCCACUUCCCCCUCAUUCCCCAGAGCUGUUCCCCAUCUGGGUCGGAGACUUGGUGAGUUCUAUAACCGGGAGCAAGCUUUAUGACCUAUUCAAAUCUGUUGGGAAUAUCCAUAAUGUAAGAGUGUUGCCUGACAGAUACUGCGCAUUUGUUAACUACACCAGCAAGGACAGCUGUGAGAAAGCCAUACAAAUGUUCAAUGGUCAUGCCAUUGAUGGGACAACUCUAGUAGUGCGUUAUCCAGAUAGAAUUCACACUCGUCUCGGAAUGUCUAGAGAUGCUUCAACUGAGUCCUCAGGAAAGAAUGGCAAACAGCCUAAUGAAUGUUAUUUUUGGAGGAUGUAUGGCUGUAAGAAUGAACGCUGCACCUUCAAGCAUAUUCCAGAAAACAAGGGCAUCGAUCGACCUAAAGCCAAACCACACACCUGA